UAAAAAGGGCACGAGGGUUCUUUUCAAAGCCGUGCUUCGUCUUUCCUCUCCUCUCCACAAAACAGUUGAAAAUAUCUCUCUCUUCACUUUCUUCUCUUUUCAACGCAGGGUGAAAGGCGGGGAGGCCGUAGACAAUCUCUCUUGCGCUCUUCUCGUAGAAUGGAUCAGAUUCAACAUCCAACUGUCAUGCAGAAGGUAGCUGGCCAGCUCCUUUCUUCUAGCAUUUCCCGAGAUUUUCAAGGGUAUGAUGGGUCUUUCAGGAGGCCUUCCCUAUACCAAGGACAUUUUGCAUAUGGGAAUUAUUCCAAUGCUGGAAUGCACUAUCCUAUUGUUCCAUCAACAGCUACCGCCAUUUGUGUUCAAGCCCCUGCAGAGAAAGGAUUUACCAGCUUUGCCAUUGAUUUCCUCAUGGGUGGAGUUUCUGCUGCUGUGUCAAAAACAGCUGCUGCUCCGAUUGAGCGUGUUAAGCUUUUGAUACAGAACCAGGAUGAAAUGAUCAAAACUGGUAGGCUCUCUGAGCCCUACAAGGGUAUCGCUGAUUGUUUCAAGCGAACAAUGAAAGAUGAAGGAGUGGUUUCUUUGUGGAGGGGAAACACUGCUAAUGUUAUUCGUUAUUUCCCCACUCAGGCCUUGAACUUUGCUUUCAAGGACUACUUUAAGAGGCUUUUCAACUUUAAGAAAGACAGGGAUGGUUACUGGAAAUGGUUUGCUGGAAACUUGGCAUCUGGAGGUGCAGCUGGUGCUUCUUCCCUUCUUUUUGUCUACUCCUUGGAUUAUGCUCGAACCCGUCUUGCCAAUGAUGCAAAGGCUGCAAAGAAAGGAGGAGAGAGGCAAUUCAAUGGCCUUGUUGAUGUCUACAGGAAGACCUUAAAAUCUGAUGGUAUUGCCGGUCUUUACCGUGGUUUCAAUAUUUCAUGUGUUGGAAUCAUUGUUUACCGUGGUCUAUACUUUGGAAUGUACGACUCCCUGAAGCCAGUGCUUCUCACUGGAGAUCUGCAGGAUAGUUUCUUUGCUAGCUUUGCUCUUGGUUGGCUCAUCACAAAUGGUGCUGGUCUUGCAUCGUACCCAAUUGACACUGUGCGUAGAAGAAUGAUGAUGACCUCUGGUGAAGCAGUGAAGUACAAGAGCUCACUCGAUGCAUUCUCUCAGAUCUUGAAAAAUGAGGGAGCCAAGUCUUUAUUCAAGGGUGCUGGAGCUAACAUCCUUCGUGCUAUUGCUGGUGCUGGUGUGCUUGCCGGAUAUGACAAGUUGCAGCUCAUUGUGUUCGGAAAGAAGUACGGAUCUGGUGGUGCUUAAUAUCUCUUUUUCAAUUUUUAUUUGUUUAUGUUUAGAUGGUGAUGAAAAGCUCGACUACCCAGAAAUUUAUUUCGGCCAAAAACUUCAAUAAAUAAUUCUAAUUUAGUGAGAGAGAUGAGAGAGGGGGUUUUAAACCCUAAACUAUUUAUAUUCUCAGAUGGAAAUUUUGAUUAAGAAAUACUGGUGGCUAAUGCCCCCAGCCCCUGUCGGAUUUUUAUUUGUUUUGAUAUUUGGAAGUUCUAGUUCUGUUUUAA